AUGGAAAUGUUGGCUUGUGGAACAAAUAACACCCCUUCAUCAACAAUAAAAACUAUUCGGAUAUCUCAAAUUGUAGAAAUUUAUGUGACUGUUGAAGAAAUAUCUAUUCUAGCUGCCUAUGUCAUGUACAAACAAAAACUACAAUACCGUCAAGAACUCUGCUACAAAAGUACAAUAAACGGAUGCUCAUUAGAAAUUGGAGGAAAGGAAGAAAUUUUCAAAAAUCAAAAUUUUAUGGAAUUCUUCUUCUCACAUUUGACGAUCAUUCUAUCCUCAACCAACUUCAUCUCAUAUUUAUCAUUUUCUAUAAUUAACAAUUCUACUUCAAAGUUUCUGGAAAAACUAAAAAGCACUCUUUCCACUAAAAAUCCUGCUCUGAAAGUCAAUGAGCUCGCAUAUUCAUUUAUUGGCCAAUCAAACGUUCAACAUGCAAUAUCUGUAAUUGAAACAUUGAAUUCGGAAGCUCUCGAUACUAUUCACUUCCGCACGGAUGUUGAUGAAGAAAUUAAUCUCACAAAAAUAAUGGAACUACCUCAUUGGCCAAAUAUUACAUGUCUAAAAAUUGAAGGCUUCAUAGUUUCCGAGACGCUUGAAAACUUCCUUCAUUUGACAAAUGCCAAAGUUACAAAGCAUUCAAUUACUAUUCAGGAUCUUCAAAUUUUGAAAAAGAACUUCCUAGGUUCUCAAUCUGAAAAGAAGUUUGUUCUCGUGUACAAGUUAGACACUGGUGAGAUCGCUGAAAAUGUACAAGUUGUGUUUGGAGAAUUGUCGAGUUCGAAGAAAACAAUUGACUACGGAAUCACAAAGCAAUGGAAAUAUCGAACCGACGGCAGAUUCGAAUUGUCUAUCGAAUACCGACAAUGUGUUCGUUUUGAAGAUCACUCGUUUACUUUUGUGGUAACAUGUGCAGGAUCAUCAUCAUCUUUAUUAACAUUGUAA